GCCACAUGCUGCACGUGUUUUGUGUUUUACUGCGUGUGUUAUUUUUAAUGUGAUUAAAAAUCGUGUGUAAAUAAAGAAAAAUGAUUGGACAAACCUUACGAUUAGUAACAUGUUCUCCCACAAAAGUUCGUUUCAUGGAACACUUCUUAAGAUUGUCGUGUCCGAAUUCGAAGAAUGUUAGAAGUAUCCACAUAACCUCACCUAUUUUGAGAGAAUUUCGAUCGGAGAAUAAGAAAGUAAGAGCCAGCAACGAGAAAAGCCGAAACCUAUCCGUAGAAGGAGAAGAUACGAUUGAAAUUAAUUAUGCAUCUAGUCCACAAAAAUUAUAUCCUGAUGCUUUAACGCCGUUUAUGAUUUUUGAUGGUGUACCAUAUAAAGACUUACAUAUUCUAAAUAUAAAGGCAACACGAAAUAAUACCAUAAUGUCUGUUACUGAUUCUAAGGGACUUGGAAUGUUUUUACAUACAUGUGGUAUGGAAGGCUUCAAAAAUGCCAAAAAAGGUACUAACAUUGCUGCGCAACAGGCUGCCAUUACACUUGGGACACGUAUUCUUGACAAAGGUAUAAAAACAAUUAGGGUAAGGGUACAAGGUAUCGGACCUGGUAGAUUGGCUGCCAUAAAAGGAUUACAUCUUACAGGAUUAAGUAUUGUUUCUAUCACAGAUGACACUAGAGUAUCAUGGAAUCCUUUAAGAGCUAGGAAACCAAGAAGAAUAUAAUAUGUAGAAUGUAUUAUAAAAAAC